AUGGCCGACUCACCCGCAAGCGUGGUCCCGCCGGAGCCCGCUGCAGAGCGUGAAAAUGGCAACGUAGAAUCAGCAGCCAAUGGCAAAGGCGCAUCGCAUAAGGAAUCCAAGGCCAAUUCAAAGCCGGCUUCGCAGCGCCCGAGAAAGCCCAACUAUGCAAAGAUCCAUGCCCAGCCGCUUCCAGUCGUGACACAUCCUCUGCCAGCCUUCGUUCCUCACAACCCUCUGUCCUUGCUGCGCAUUGCCUAUUUCAUCUGCUCGCAAUACUUCAACCCGCCGCCAUCCCAUCCACCGAAGCGCCACGUCGCCUAUCUCUCGUACGAAACAAGAUCCGUCCAUGUUACAGAUCCUGCGAGUGUGCGCGCGCUGUGGGAGCAGGGCUUUUUCGGGAAGGGUAGCUUGAGCCGGAGCGAGCCUACAUGGCUUGAUCGUGAGAAGCAUCGGCGCGGUGUCGAGUCUGGCCAGGUCAAGGCUGAAGACUACACCAACAAGCGGCGACAGGAGAGAAGAGAAAUGAAGAAUGAGCGCGCGCGGAAGGAGCGCGAGGCUCUUGAAGAGCAAUUGAGGAAGGAGGGAAAGCUGGCCGACGAGGCUACUUUGGAGCCCACUGCUCCGGAAAGCUCUGAGGCCGCAACAUUGGCUGGCGGAACUUCCGUCCAGGACAACGGUCCAGACACCCAGUCGGCGGACAUGUCUGAAAAGUCUGCAAACGUAUCGAAAGAACUUGCUUUGGACGAGCCUAUCCAGAACGAAGAGCAUCUCCAACUCUCUCUCGAGGAAGCUUUCUUCCUGACGUACGGUCUCGGCGUGCUCGAAGUCGUGGCGGCACGUACAAAGAAGACGGUCGAGCCUCUGCAGUUGUUCCAACUCUGUCGCUCGCUCUCGUACUUCCCUCCGUCGUCUGCCCUUCACGUCAGGCCAGAUGACCCUUUCCUCCUCAAGUACGUCGUCUACCACCAUUUCCGCAGCCGCGGCUGGGUUGUUCGCGACGGUGUCAAGUUCUCCGUUGACUACAUGGUCUACAAUCGCGGUCCCGUCUUCUCUCACGCAGAGUUUGCGGUCCACAUCGUUCCGUCUUACAGCGAUCCGUUCUGGAAGGAUCAGGAGAAGAAGGAGUCGAAUCCGUGGUGGUGGCUGCAUUGUGUCAAUCGCGUACAGAGCCAGGUGCUGAAGACAUUGGUGCUGGUGUACGUCGAGGUGCCGCCGCCGAUUGAGGGGCCGGUCAAGGAUAUUGGGGAGUACCUGGGACGGUAUAAGGUCAGGGAGUUUGUCCUCAGGAGAUGGGUAGCCAACAGGAUGAGGGGCUGA